AUGAUCCUAAACUAUUUAACAUAGAGUCAAGUUCCACAAAAUUUACAGUUUCUAAAUUACUUAAUGAUGAUGAAAUGGGUAAAGAAUUCGAAGGUGGUAGUUUAGGAAUUUUCAGAUUAGCACCACAAGAUUAUCACAGAUUCCACAUCCCAGUAGAUGGUCAAUUGAGUGAGCCGGUUGAGAUUUCUGGAGAUUACUAUACAGUCAACCCAAUGGCGAUUCGUUCAGAACUUGAUGUAUAUUGCCUGAAUAAACGCAGCAUAUCUUAUAUUGAUUCACCUCAAUUUGGCAAAGUUGCUUAUGUGUCAAUUGGAGCCAUGAUGGUUGGUUCAAUUAUACUUACAAGCAAACCCAAUACAUAUGUAAAACGAUUUGAUGAACAUGGAUAUUUUGCUUUUGGUGGAAGUACGGUUGUACUUUUAUUCAAAAAAGGAAGAAUGCUGUUUGAUGAAGAUAUUUUGGAUAACUCUAAACAACCUUUAGAAACUUUG